AAGCUAAAGAAUACGUUCCUAUGAAUUCAGACAAUUGUGGGGGGAAGAAAGCAAUUAUAGAAUUAAAUUGAAUUGAAUUUGAAGGGGGAUAGUUGGUUGUGUUACGUUUAUUUGCUCGCCCUGUCCGCAUCUUGGUGUCAGAUUAUUUCAUCAUCCACAUGUUAAUUUUCUAAGUCCGAAAGCUAACUACGCGAAUCUGGGGUGACAUGAAAGAAAUGGUUGGAGGAUGCUGUGUCUGCUCCGAUGAGAGCGGAUGGGAUGAAAACCCUUUGGUGUACUGUGAUGGUGAUGGGUGUGAUGUAGCUGUGCAUCAAGCCUGCUAUGGAAUUGUCUCUGUGCCAGUUGGACCUUGGUUCUGCAGAAAAUGUGAAUCACAAGAUCGCUCAGCAAUUACACGGUGUGAGCUGUGUCCCGGGAAGGGCGGCGCGCUGAAACAGACCGACUCGGGCGGCUGGGCGCACGUCGUCUGCGCACUCUACAUCCCCGAGGUGCGCUUCGGAGAUGUGGCGACCAUGGAGCCGGUGCUGCUGUCCCACCUGCCGCCUGACAGAUUCGGAAAGCCGUGCUGUCUGUGUGAGGUGGCCGGCCGCACCAGCCGCGCCACCACCGGCGCCACCAUGAGCUGCAACAAGCCCGGCUGCAGACAAAACUUCCACGUGACGUGCGCUCAGAGCCAGGGCCUGCUCUGUGAGGAGCAGGUGCAGAGCAUGAACGUCACCUACUGCGGCUACUGUCCGCACCACUACGCCAAGCUGAAGCGGGGCCACAACCUGAAGCCGAUCCCGGCGUUCAAGGCCAGUCACGACCCGGCCACGCCGGACACCUCUCCGGAGAAGCAGCCGCCGCCGCCGGGCGGUGACGGACCGCGCGUCGAGCGACGGCACAAGAAGCCCAAACAGUCGCGCUCGCCGCGCGCCGCGGCCGCCUCUCCGCCGGAGGUGGGCGCGUCGCCGGCGGUCGGCGGACAGGGCGCGGCCCCGUUCCCGCAGGCUGUGGUGAAGCUGGAGCCAGUGGGACCACUGGGGAUGGAUGGAGCCGCUGCUGUGCACUCUUCGUUAGGUGGAGCAGGAGGAGGGGAGGUGACACCAGCGCGUGCUCUCGGCGGACAGGAGGGCGGCGCGCCGGACUCUGUGUCGGCCGACAGCAGGGACGGGUCCCUUAUCAAGCAGGAGACUGGUGUGGAGCAGCCGCCGCCGGUGGCGCUGCUGCCGGCCGCCGGUGGCGCCGCCGGUCAGGUGGCUUCUCUGCCGGUGGCCACCAGCACGGCGCUGCCAGCCGCCCAGCAGGCCGCCGAUGUCGACUUGGCGUCACUGAAGCGGCCCGCCGUGCCGGCUGACGGCGACGCCCGUAAACGGAAGGCGACGGGCCGACCCCGUAAAGGCGCGGCCGGCGCCGGGUCCCCGGAACCUGGCGCGGACGGUACUUGGAACGGAGCAGUGGGGACGGACGCCGCCCAGCCGGCCGGCUCGGCCACGGCGCGCGGCGGCGCGGCGGCGGUGGCCCCGAGCGGUCUGACGGCGCCACACAUGAUCGGUAACCACCUGAACCCGGCCACUCCGCUGGGUGACUCGCUGGCGGCGGAGAUGGCCGAGCAGGCCGACUACCUGGAGCCGACAGGGAGGAUGGCCGCUACUCCAGGACAGUGGCGACCGGACACCGCGGCCGCGCCCUUCCCCCGCUCUCUGACGGAGCUGUUGGAGCGUCAGUGGCAGCAGGGCAGCCACUUCCUGAUGGAACAGUCGCAACACAUGGACAUCGCGGCUCUGCUCAGCUGCCUGUAUCAGCUGCGGCAGGAAAACGAACAGCUGGAGCAGCAUAUGGGCGUGGUGUCGCAGCGUCGCGACCACCUGCUGGCGGUACACGCCCGUCUCUCGGUACCGCUGCAGUGCGCCGCGCCGGGCGUUGUGUCGGCGCGGGCCGCCGCCGUACGACAGCAGCAGGCCGCCGCCAACGACGCCGAGUUGAACGGCGGACCGUUCGGUCAGCUGCGGUCCACGCCGCCCCGUCCUGCGCCACUGGCGAACGGUCAGCUGACGGAGGGAGGACAGCCGGCCGCCCCCGCCCCCGCCCCCGCCCGAGCGCCGCCGCAGACCAACGGACGGAGCAGCGGGCCAGCCAGCGCACCUCAGCCGGCGCCGACCGUUCCACAGCAGUCACUGGCACACGGUGGGGUCAGUUCCGGCCGGCCCGGGCCCGCCCCGCAGCCACCUCCGCCCGCCCCCGUCAGCCGUCCGCCCGUGUCCACCUCCGCCCCGCCGCCCGCCAGUCGCCCGCAGCCAGCUGUGAGCCGGCCGCAGACGUCUGCCAGCCGGCCGCCGCCGCCCGCCAACGAACACCGCACUGUGGAGGCUCUGCGACUGCGGGUCUCUGCCACGUCUAGCGGCGGUUUUCCGCGGUACCAGUUAGUUUCGCCGCCGUCAGAUGGUAGAUCGGGCUCGGGACGAUCCCGCGCCUCCGAUGGAUGAUCCGACGAAUUAUCUCCCCGUGAUAAGCAACGAAGACUAAACAAUGACGCAGUGAUGAUGGUGGAGCUUUCCUGAUUACGACAUUGCAAUGAAUGCCCCUUUCACCAAGCCCCUUUCGGCAUUCGUGCGGACUGUGGUGUACUCAGCGGAAUGACUGAUCUGAAGGCUGGUGCUCGGUUGUGGACAUGGACUGGGCCUUGGUGCCUCGCGGGCUGGCAGGCCGACCGAUCGAGUUGCAUUCAGUGUUGCGUUGCGUUGCGUUGUGUUGCGUUUAGGGCUGUCGGCUGAGUGUUGAUCAGUUCGGCCAGUGUUUGCGUGUUUUGCGGUCAGUUGAUGUGAACGAGAUGUCUGGUAGCUAGUGCACGUGAGAGGGAUUGGUACUUGAGCGACUGGCAGUAGUGACGUUUUACUCUUCCGUGUAUGCACUUCGCCAUUCUUUUUUAGCGCUGUGUGACAAAUUAACUCGUAUACGAACUUUUACACCGCUUUUGAUGAUCAGUCGUGCGCGGUCAUGAUUUUCUCGUAGCAACUUCGUGUCGUGUACGCGUAGUGGUUUGUGAUUGCGCUUCAAGUUUUGAAGCGGGGCGAAGUGCAGUAGUUUGACGAUUUACCGCUCUGGGCUGCAUAGCUCUGCCAGUGGAAAUCGCUGAGUUGUGAUGCAAUGUUGGUGCAAACAGUCGGUGGGCCGACGCUCGGCAAUUCAGCUGACCUGGACUUCAGUAAAGGGCGGUGCGCCCCCUGACCGUGAUACGUUCUGCCGUCGCGGGUUUACAAAACGAUCUCUAUCCGAUUGCUCAAACGCCAACGGACCGGGUCUCUGUGCCGUGGGGUGGACGGGAGCGCCGGGGUCGUGAGCGGUCCGUCGCACGUCUGGACUAUUUGUGCUGUGGCAUUGAGGUAGGACGUGCAAGGACUGAUGAUUGUUUCUUGAGAGGGUUGGACGGGCCGCUGUCGUAAUCAAUGCCUGUGUCGGCGUUGCGAGUGUUGAAUGUUUCAGGUGUUCAGCUCGUUCGCCUUUCCGUGUCCGUCUUCGUCUCCAAGCCGCGCGGGUAUCUCCCGUCCAUCGAUACCGAAGCUUCUUAGCUGCCGACUCCACUGUGCAGUCCGGCGCCGGCCCGUCGCGUUUUGUACCUGUUCUCAUUCUAAUAAAACACGCCAAGCAAACGGCAGCUUUGUUA